UUUACCUCAAAAGUAUACGAAAACUUGCACUAACAAUAUCAUAUUUAUAGUUUUCGGUCAUAAGCUUUAAAUUUGUUUUCCUUGGUUCAGUCUUAAAAUCUCAGGGGCUUUAAGAAAAUAGUAUUAUUGUUUGCAUAUUAUAGAUGGAUAAUUUCGCCUUAAAAAGAAAGAGGUUAAUAUUUUGCGUGAUCGUGCUAACAGCACUGGGAAUCAAUGGAACCAAACCUUUAAAUGACAACUCAACACAACUUAAACAAUUUAUCGCGCCCAAUAACAAAACUGGACUCAACGAAAAUAACAACAAUGAUCAUCAACUCCGAAAUGAUGACAUUUCUGCUCAAGAAAGUGUAAAAAUUGAAAAUCGACAACUUUAUGAUACGGUUAAACAUGCAUCUGGUUAUGAUCCAGAUGUCAACAAUAACAACAACAAUUCUCAUAAUACAUCGAAUAAGGAAAUUUUAGAAAAACAAAACAAUAAUGUAUCAUAUCCAACAACAACAAUUCGGAUUCACCCUCGAAAAUCAGCCGUUAUUCAAGCAAUUCCAAGAAAGGUUCGUGGUCCAGGAGGGAAUACAAAUUCAGCGACAACAUCUGACGGGUCUUAUUUGAAAUUGCCAACAAAUUUGCCACCAACCAUCAAAGACUAUGGAUCUGGAGAACCUACAACAACAAUCGUUUAUGCCACAUCCAUCCCAACUUCAAUGCCACCAUCAAGAACGUUUGUUAACAUUCGACCGGUACCGCUCUUAUCGAGCCAAAAAUAUCGAUCGACAAUAGUUGUUGAAAACGAAAGAUCGAACCAUAAGAAUGUGGAAAAUACAAAGCCAGUUUUGGAAAACCAACAAUAUUCUGAUCAAGAAGAAGAAGAAGAACAACAACAACAAAAUCAAUUAAAUGAUGCUGGACGUCUUCAAGAUCAGAAACUUCUGGUUCUUAGGAAAAGUACUAAAGAUGAUUUAAAUUCAAUGCAAUCAACAACAACACCGAGAAACCAAGAUGCAGCCGUGCCAUAUCAAACAGAGCAGCAAAAAAGAAAUCCAUAUAAAAGCAUUCUGUACUCCAGAAUUGGUUCUAAUAACGCUGAAAUUAACGACGAACAAUCCUACAAUAAUCGUCAUUCAUAUUACUUGAACCAUAAAUGGUCAGAUGAUGACUAUAUGAGAGGAUCACAGGCACCACCAGUACCACUUGCACCUGCAUCGUCACAUUUCGUUUACGAAAACCCGGAUCCGCAGCGAAGUUUCAACCACCUUCCAUUAUCUCCUCAAACUCGACCUAAUGCCUUUCUUGAACAUCAAACUUCCACUCAAAAUUUCAUUCGUCCACGAUAUAUGGGCUCAGAAGGUUAUCAGAGGGACAUGAAUAGUGUAGUUUAUGAUCCAAUGGCACAAGAGCCUACUAUGCUUGGUCUUUUAACUCAACAAAAUCUGCAGCGACAACAAAAGCAACAACACCAACAACAACAAUACCAGCCGCUGACUGUACGUGACUUCGAUCUCCUACUACAGCUUUUAGUUCUCAGGGAGCAACGUAUGCAUGACGAUCCAUUCUUAUCGUCAUCGUCUACAUCGCCAAUUGGUAUUAAUUGUCGAAACAAUCAACAAGAAAAUAGCUAUUUUUAUCCAUUACCAAAGGGAUCGACCCCGCAUGUCCAAGAGUACCCCAGCAGUCAUUUUAGAAACCACGAACCCACCAAAAUUUUGGAAAACUCUUCGCUCCGCAAUCAACAACAACAACCAUUAACUAAGCUUCUGCCUUCCAAUGUUCGAGAGGAACUUUUGUUUAGAAUGUUAUUACUCGCACUGCAUCUUCAACUUCAACCUCAACCUCUAACUCAUCCUCAACAAAGACCUCUAUCAAAAAUAACAAACAUAUUGCCAGAGCAUCAACAUCAGCGUAGCAUGUACAUUGGAUCCCCUUCGAUAUCAUCUGCAUCCGACUUAUCCCCAUACCCAGAAUUCCGACAUUCAUACCCCAGUGCAAGUCCCAAAAAUGCUGUAAGAAGUGUUCAAGUUUUGGGAGAAAUUGAUUAAUCAUCAUAAUAAUCAAAAAUUUUGUAUUGUUUGUUUUUGGUUAUACCUUUAAUAAAUUAGUAUUUUCAGAUCGUAUAA